CACUCUAAGUUCAUCUUGGCUUUGGGCUCUUCACUCAGGUGUCAGCCAUGCCGAGGUGCAUCGUCGCCAGUUGCAGCAGCAAGCAGAACAAAAUCACCGCCAUGAGGGGAGUCAUUUUGCACGUCUUCCCUCCCAACGUUGACCGGAUCAAAACUUGGCUGAUGCAUAUUGGACAGGAUUUUGGAAAUCUUGACGAAUUUUCCCAAAGAGUGUUCCAUUCCAAGAAGAACGGCUCUUUCAGGAUAUGUUCGGACCAUUUUACACCCCAGUCUUACGUUGAACACGCUUCUAAGAAGUUGUUGAGAGUCGAUGCCGUGCCCACAGUCUUUAACAAAGAUGCUGCGAGUCGCCCUUCUGCCAAUAAAGGCCUACUGAUGGCUUCAGGAAAUAAUUACAGUACGGUCAGCAUGCCGUCAACCAGCAACAUUUCAUGUGCUACCUCCAACACAUUUCCUUCAUAUAAAGAUGUUUCUUCUAGAACGGACUUGUACCGGAAAACAAGAGAGGCAAGCACGCAAACCCAUCAGGACACCACCUCGAAGACCGUGAAGUCUCCUGAGUGUAACGCACUAUCAAACGUCGUUACUGAUCCGAACAAGAUUGACGAAAUAAGAAAGAAGUUGACAGAGAGGAUCCUACAGCUCACCCUGGAGAUCAUCUACCUACUGAUCGGAGAGGAAUGUUCUGUCGUGGUGAAGAAGACCUCUGGUGAUUACGUGAUACCCAGCGCUUACCCCAAUGUGCCAGGAGUAUGGAGCAGGAGCCAAGGACCCAGUGUGGAGCUUUCACCUCCCACCCUGACACCUGAGAAAAGCUACAACAAGAUUUUAGAAGUCACCAACAAGAUCAGCCAGCUGCUGAAGGGAGAGGUUCCUAUAUGGUGUCAGGAUGUCACUGUCUCCUUUUCCAUGGAGGAGGAAAAAAACUUGGGACACAAUGGUAUCAACAAGGGUGUCACAAUGGAGAACCAGCCACUUCUCUCGACAAUGGAUGGAUCCAGGAACAGAAAUACCCCAGAUAGGUGUCUCCAUCCUCUGUAUUCCACAGUGGAACAUCACAAGAUUUCACAUUAUCAGGGUGAAAAUAUGGUAAUUAUAAAAGUUGAAGUAAAAGAGGAAGCAGACGAGUCGUAUCUGAUAUGUGGAGAGCCAUGCAGGGAGGAGGAAAUUUCUACAGAGAUCAGCACAGAACCCGAAGACACCAGAACAACUGAAAGAGACAUCAAAACUGAGGAGGAGGAAGACAGACAAGUGAGGAUUAAAGAGGAGGAAAUUCCUGUAGAAAUCACCACAGAGUCUAGAGACACUCAGACAAACAUCAAACCUGAGGAGGCGGCAGAAGAAAUACAAGUCAGGGUUAAAGUUGAAGAGGAGGAAGAAGAAAUACAAGUGAGGAUUAAAGAGGAGGAGAUUCCAAUGGAGAUCAGCACAGAUGGGACCUACACCAUACAAACGUGUUCCUUUAGUUUGCCCAAUGGUGAAACUGAUGAUGAUACCACAGAUGUUUCUUCAGAUGACUAUCCCGCUGCCACAAAUAGCAUUCCUGUACUUUGUAGUCCACACUUAUCUCCUGAUUUCCCUGUACAAGGAAGCUUUUCCGACCACUCCUAUCCAAUCCCUCUUCGUUCCGACAGCAGAGAGGGGGAGGUGGACCCGUGUCCUGAGAAAGACAAAGGUCCUCACACGUGUCUACUAUGCAAAAAAUGCUUCUCCGACAAGUCCGUCCUCCGUCACCACGAGAAGACUCACAAAAGGGAGAUGCCCUAUACUUGUCUGGAAUGUGGGAAGACCUUCCUGCACAAUUCAAGAUUCAUAUCUCACCGAAGAAUCCACACGGGGGAGAGACCCUUUUCCUGUUCCAAAUGCGGGAAGAGCUUUGUGAACAAACCCGAUCUGGUCAGGCAUCAUAGAACACACACCGGGGAAAAGCCUUUUUCGUGUUCUGACUGUGAGAAACGCUUCACUCAGAGGGUUCAUCUGGUGACCCACCAGAAAAAACAUGGGCUUCAGAAGCUUUGA